AACUUUUUUUGAAUUUAUAUGCGUCGUUUUUCUCUUGUUUUCGAAGCCUCGGUCCGAAAUAGCGGAAAUUUCCUACUGAAAUCGGACGCAGAGAGUGCACCUUUGCGCAGAGGCUGGUUUCAUACCGAGUGGCUCCUCUGGGUGCACAAAGACAGCGGCUCGGAGAGGAACUUGUUCAGAGAGAACCGGGGACGCUGGGAGGCGAGAUCCACAACCUCCGGAGUCCGAGCCUCAACAACCGCGGUGUUUACCACCUAAAACCCUUUAUUCUGCUUCCCACCUUUACGUUACAAGUUCCAGGCGUAAGCUGCUAGUGGACGGGUCCCACACCACGCCAGUCUUGGGAAGAUGGCGAAGGCCCCGAAAUCAUCUGGAAGGAAGACGUCUCACUGCCUCCGCAGACAGGGUGGUGGUCAAACAGAUAUGGAAGAACUUAACUUGGACACUCAGGAUCCCCCACAGGAGCGGUCCAAGGAAGAAGGUCAAACCCUUAUUCAAAAUACUUCUCCAGAGGGAAACUUGUCCGAAAAUUGGGACCACAAGGAAAGUCCUGCGGAGGCCCAGGAAAGGAGCGAUACCGCUGCCCAAGCCAAGCCCUUGUGGAAGCCCAUUCCCCCUCUGCUGCUUGAACCCCACAGGAACACCCCUACAGGGACCAGGGACCAGAGCUGUCAGACAGAGGAGAAUGAUCAGCCCACCGAUGCCAACGGCCAUGGUCAGAACACAGGUUUCUGUGUGGAGCCUGGUGAUCCUCCGCUGCUCCAGCAGCCUCUGCAGACCUCCAAGUCGGGGAUUCAGCAGAUAAUUGAAUGUUUCCGAUCUGGCACCAGUCAGCUCAGAACUAUGCUUCUGAGGGAGGUAGACACCAUCUUCGAGUGUAAACUGUGUCGCAGUCUGUUCAGAGGCCUCCCGAACCUCAUCACACACAAGGAGUACUACUGUUUAUCACGGCUGCCUGAAUCCGAUGGCUCUCCUGGUGACGACAGACAGAGUGUAGCCAUGAAAGAUUUACUGGAUGCUAUAUAUCCCAGAGUUGACCGACCGGAAUAUGUGGUCCGUCUUGAGCCCAUUCAGACCACCAACAAGGCGGUUUUCCAGUACCUCACCACAGAGGAGGAACUUGCAAGAUACCCAUCACACACAACCAGUGCCAGAGAGAGUCCUGUAGGUUGGGAAGGAGAAACAACAGAGGUUUCGGAAAACAAUCCGAUCGGGCAACCGAGUGGAGGCGACAGCCACAGCAGCCCAGGGCCGAAGAAAUGGGAUGCUGAGGAAGAGGCUAAAGAGGAGCAGCCGAAGCCUGAAGACGAUGGCUCCAAUAGUGGGGUGGAAGAUGUGACCAUUUCCUGUUGUCUCUGUGGCCAAGACUUUAAUUCCCGUCGGAGUAUCAGGCGUCACUGCCGCAAAAUGCACCAGACUAAACUCGAGGAGCUGCGAAAGUUCACUGAGACACGCACAGUUCCUACAAGCCUGCUCUCCAUGGUAAAAGGCCGACCAAGGACUCUGAGCACACCGACUGGAAAAUCCUGCCCAGUGUGCCUGAAAAGCUUUGCCACCAAGGCCAACGUUCGGAGGCACUUUGACGAGGUGCACCGGGGUCUACGGAGGGACAACAUCACACCUAGCAUCGCCUCGAGGCCAGGCCAGCCCUUCUCACUGGAAGUCACUCCUCCUAGGAAGAGCAACAAUUCCUCCCCGACACGUGGCCACAGCUCCAAGCCCACCCAAGUGAACUCUAAAAGCACCACCUCAAAUCAAACCCAAGGAAAACCUCAGAGUCAGACCCAGGCCGCCUCGCAGGUGAACUCGGCCUCAUGUCGAUGCACCCAAUGCAAGAGGAACUACAGCUCACAGCUUAUGUUGAAGAGACACAUGCGCAUAGUUCACAAGAUCUACAGUGUCAAAGGGAAGUCUACUGGUACUCCUGCAUCGUCUGUUUCUGCUGCAACCACUCCUAACAGCAGCACUAACACAAAUGUCAGCAACAAUGUUAAAGUGAAGCAGGAAGCAGUGGAGCCCUCUGAUGAAGACGAUGACGUCGACAGCAGCCCUGCUCCAUCUCCUGCUGACAACAACGGGACAGCUAAAGGCGUUCAACAAACUUCUCUAAAAUUAAAGGACGAGGAAGCCCCUUCCAGCCCCAAGAUACCCCCAUCUCUGUCUUCACCCUCGUCCCGCGGGGGCAAUGUGUGCAGCACAAACAUGGCUGCUAAAAUAAACAAACUCUCGGUGGGCUUUGACUUUAAGCAGCUCUUUUGUAAACUGUGCAAACGACAGUUCAGCUCGCGUCAGAAUUUAACAAAGCACAUCGAACUGCACACAGACGGCAAUGACAUCUUUAUUAAGUUCUACCGCUGCCCUCUAUGUCGCUACGAGUCACGCCGCAAACGUGACGUCCUGCGUCACGUGACUGUUGUCCACAAGAAGUCAUCUGCGUACCUGGCGAAGAUCAUGCCCAAACUGGAGAGCAGAGCCGUGAAGCGGCUGGCGGAGGCGGUCCUGAACAGCACAAACAAGAGGACAGGCAGCGGGAAAGAGGAGAUGAACGGACGUCACGGUUCGUCAUCAUCAUCGUCGUCCUCAUCCUCCUCUCCAUCACCUCCAAUCACCCGGAAACAAGAAGCUUCCACAGCUGUAUCAACUGCCACCUCUGCCUCCACCUCCGCCCCGCCUCCCAUCCCCGUCACCAGGAAGCAGCAGGAGCUUUUAUCCUCGGUAUUCACUCCUUCCCCACCCGUUACUCGCAAGCAGGACAGACAACAGACGGUCCAGCAGCCCCGCCCCCUCAGCCCCCCUCUGACCCGGCGCAGUGAGAAACACUCACACUCACGUAAUACCUCAACCCCAUCCAGCAACCAAGCCCCACACACCCGACGACACGACGUCCAGUCAGAGAGCAGCUUUGUCACGUCCUCCACUGAAGUCAGAGUGACAAAGAAUUUCUCUCUUCAUGCUUGCGACCAGUGUGGGCGGGCCUUUGCUAAGAAGUUGUACUUGGAGUCGCACAAGCGGAGCCAUCGAAACGCAUCAGUGGGAGCAGCCAGCAGGAGGAAAGGCGUCAGCACCCGCUCCAAAUCUCUGGUUUGGUGAAACACAGUACUUACAAAUUGCCACAAAUGAAGGACAGAGAGCCACAAACCAUUAAACAGCAAAACUCUAAACUGGAACAAAUGAGACCACUUGAAGAAAAACAAGGAAGACUCGGAAACAUGAAGGAAGAAACUAAACAGCCUUACAGAAAAGCAUAGUCAUAUAAGAACCAAAAACCAUGAUGUAAACUAACAUAAAUGUGUAGUUGAUUAAGAAACCAGACAGCCUGGUGCUAUCUACACAAAACCCCAUCUGCUGUACAUACACCUACCUGUAUUUACUCAUGUAAAUAUAGAGCUAUAUGCAGACCAUGGAUAUUUACUGCUUUGCUUAUAUUAUCCUGCAUUUAAGCAGCGGAUGAAGGUAGUCUGUGCAAAGGAACAAGCAGGAAUAAGAGUUUAGAAACUGGCAAUGUUGGCCAAGUCGGAUCACAUCCGAAUUAUAGUUUAUGAAAUUGAUUUUGUGAAAAGAAACGUGGAUUUUCCUUAUCUGAGCUGUUCUUUUGAACUUAUUUAAAGUUAGGAAGGUUUUGGCGGAGAGUUAUUUUUCCAAAGAUCUAACUACAGUUCUCUGCUGCUUUUUAAAAGUGAAUCUACCUGCGAUUAAUUCGUCUAGGAUUUGAUUUUGCUUGGAGUCAAAGAUUGCGGCUCAAUCUUUGUUCAAUUUCCUCUAAAACAACAACAA